AUGGAAAUCGCGCUUCAAGGCGUCCCGCAGGCUGAUCCGCCUCACGAGGGUCACCCACUGCACGGUGCCUUCCUGGGGCCGAGGCCCCUACCGCGGUCGCAAGCGAACGACGGGCGCACGCUGUCGCUUCUAGCCCGCAUUCUCGACUUAGAGGCGUUCAGUCAUAAUCCAACGCACCUGGAGCUUUCGCGGCCACUUGGCUUUUCAACCAAGCGCGAUGACCAAUUGAGGGAGAAACUUAACCCUGCUCACGACCGCUUAAACCCAGCUGCACGUUCCCUAUUGGAGGGUGAACAAUCCAACACUUGGACUAAAGGAUCGAUAGGCCACGCUUUCACGCUUCAUAUUCAGUACCGGAAAUCAAAAUCAAACGAGCUUUACCCUUUUGUUCCACACGAGAUUUCUGUUCUCGCGAGCUCAUCUUAG